AGCCCCACACGGCCGCCCCCACCGAGAAUUGGACGGCCAAGACAAAUCUUGAUGACACGCCCUAUAUGUAUGUGCACCAGAAAUGAAGUUCAUGUAGAUGUAGCUAGUCUCACAAAUGGCCUCUGCCGUGUGCUCCUCGAAGCAGCAGCAGAAGGAGGAAGAGAGUGAGAUUGAGAUCGGGCAGGUGGACGACGUCCAGGAGCUGCAGAGGGCGUGCCUGGACACCGUGCCGGAGCGGUACAUCAGGGACGGCGACGACCGGCCGGACGGCGUGAACCUCUGCGGCAAGCAGAUCCCGGUGAUCGACGCCGGCGAGCUGCGGCGCGGGGCGCCAGAGGAGCUUGCCAAGCUCAGGCUCGCCUGCCAGGACUGGGGCUUCUUCCAGGUGGUGAACCAUGGCGUGGAGCCGGAGCUAAUGGAAGACAUGGCGAAGCUAGCGCGGGAGUUCUUCAUGCUGCCGCUGGAAGAGAAGUCCCGGUACCCGAUGGCGCCGGGGGGGAUCCAAGGGUACGGCCACGCCUUCGUCUUCUCCGCCGACCAGAAGCUGGACUGGUGCAACAUGCUGGCCCUGGGCGUCGCCCCCCAGUCCAUCCGGCAACCGGCGCUCUGGCCGACCAACCCUGCAAGCUUCACCACCACGCUAGAAAACUACUCCGCGGAGAUCAGGGAUCUCUGCCUGGAUCUCCUCUCCCACAUCGCCGAGACUUUGGGCCUCGAGAGAAGCACUUUCAGCGGCAUGUUCGGCGGCGAAAAGGCGGUGCAGGCGGUACGGAUGAACUUCUACCCGCCGUGCCCGCGGCCGGAGCUGGUGCUGGGGCUGAGCCCGCACUCGGACGGGAGCGCGCUCACCGUGCUGCAGCAGGACGGCGCCGGCGGGGGCCUGCAGGUGCGCCAUGGCGGCGACUGGGUGCCCGUGGGACAUGGCGGCGUGCCCGGCGCGCUCGUCGUCAACGUUGGGGACUCGCUCGAGGUGCUCACCAAUGGCAGGUACAAGAGCGUCGAGCACCGGGCGGUGGUCGAUGGAGCCGGGCGGGAUCGGUUGUCCGUCGUCACGUUCUACGCGCCGGCGUAUGAUGUUGAGCUGGGGCCGAUGCCGGAGCUUUUGGGCGAUGGGGAACCCUGCAGGUACCGGAGGUUUAACCAUGGGGAGUAUAGCAGGCACUAUGUCACCAGCAAGCUCGAGGGCAAGAAGACGCUCGAUUUCGCCAAGAUUAAUUAGAGCAACAAGACCUAUAUGAUGAACGUAGAUGGAUGGUUGAUUGAUCGUGUGUAGUACAGGAAGCUGGAGUAGUAGUUAAAAAUCCUGAUGCAGCCAAUGCUCCUAAGAUGCUCAACAGUGUUGUUUUGUGUGGUAUUACCAGUGAUCGAGCAACAAUUUGCUAGUCAAAAGUAUGGUUCCUUUGUCUAU